GAGAGAAAGAAAGCGUGCGUGCAUGCGUGUGUGUUCUGGUGAGAAGGGAAAUAAAAAAGACAGGAGACCGGGGGCAGCCAGCUCGAAGCGGCAGGCAACACCGAGCCAUGGAGGGCGAUGUGCGUGUCCGAGCAGUGGUGAUGACACGUGACGAUUCUAGUGGCGGUUGGGUGCCCCUUGGAGGUGGAGGCCUCAGCCACGUUGUCAUCUGUAAAGGGAGGAGUUCCGAAAGCCAUGGGCAGAAGGAGUAUGUCAUACGUGGAGAGCGGCUGCGCGAUCGAGCACCCGUGCUUGAAUGUGCCAUUCAAAAGGGUCUGAUCUACAACAAGGUGAACCCCAUCUUCCAUCACUGGCGUGUGGAGGAGAGGAAGUUUGGCCUGACCUUCCAGAGUCCAGCUGAUGCCAUUUCUUUUGAGAAGGGCCUUCAAAUUGUCCUUGACAAGUUAGACAAAGGUUUUGACUCUCCUUCUUCCUCCACACCAGAAGAAGGAGACACUGAAGAUGAUGGUCAAGCAUCUCACACAGGCAGUGAGUCGUCCUCGAACAGCAGAAAGGAGAUGUUGCCCAAGCCCAUCACCAUAGUGACUAGCGAGUCCUCCGCCACUUGCUUUGUCCAUUCUACAGCAGAGGAGUUUGGGUAUGGGGAAGGGCAUGCCAUCACUACUCAGACCCCUGCUCAGGUCCAUAGGCGGCCUUGCCAGCACCAGCUUUCUCAAGUAUCAGCUGUGUUGAACCCUCCAGCCCCUCCUCCCCCACCUCCUGCUCCUCCAACCUCCCCUCUGGCACCCCCAGCCUCCCCACCCUUGUCCCCACUCUCCCCUACCAUGUCCUUACUGGAGGAAGGUGACCUACGCAGUAUCGAUCCAUGCAAGGAUUUAUGGGGCUCGCGGGGUUAUGAGGACUACCGCCGUGCUGGGGCCACACGGACCAAAGUUGGGGGUCUGACAGGAGGUGUCAUGGUAGGAGGUGGGCCAGACAAGUCAGAACUUUGUGUGGUGCACUUUGAGAAAGAACUGGCAGGUGUGGGCACACCAGGCUGUGAGGUCGCGGUUAUGUUGGACACCAAAGGCUCUCGGCGCCACUCCUCCUCACCCACCUGUAUGCCUAAUGCCAUCUCUGGAGCAUCUCCUGCAAGCGGCUCCCCACAGGAGACGGGCAAAAGCUCACCCUCGCCAUGCUGCAUCCAUACUUCACUUGCCACACCCCGCUCUCGGACUCGCAAAAGAGGGGGCAGUGGAACCAGUGGGGGUGGAGAGGCCAUCUCACCCGAUGAUGACAGCCCAUGUCCACAAGGCUCAUCCUCCUGCUCGUCACGCUGUGUGUAUUGUCGCUCAGUGUUUAGUGCCUCGGAGAAUGGACGUGGCCGCUGCCGGGAUGCUCCGGAUCCAGCUUUACACUGCCUACGCCAGUGGACAUGUGUAUGGUGUGCCGAGAGCCUACUCUACCACUGCAUGUCAGACUCUGAAGGCGAGUUCUGGGAGCCAUGUUCGUGUGAAGACUCGCUGGGCCGUAGGCCACACCCACUCUGCUGUGCCGGCUGGAUGGCACUGCUGGCACUGUCACUCUUUGUGCCAUGCAUGUGCUGCUACCUGCCGCUGAGAGCAUGCCUGCGCUGUGGGGAAAGAUGCGGUUGCUGCGGGGGAAAGCACAAGGCUGUGCGGUGAGACCUGGCUUUGGGAGGUUCUGAGGCCAGGGAGAGGUUGUUGUGAUGGAAGGAGAGGGAAGGGAGAACACCAAAUUUUUUCCAUUUAAAAAUAGUUUAAGAGAGCUUGCUCUAUAGCGAUCAUUAAAAAGUCCCUUUCCCCCCCCACAAUCCUCUGCUGCAUUCCGUUUGUACUCUACCAGGACCCUUAAUGGUGGUGCCAACACACAAUGCACUGGCAGCUUUGCAUUGUGCUCUUCAGAGAGACACAAAUAUGCAGGAAGAUGGCUCCCACCGCCAGCUUCUCUCAGCUCCAACUGACUGUUGUUAAGGCUCACAAAAGGAGCAUGCUGAAAACACCAACAUGUAAAGCUAUGCUAGGUUUAUUUUUUGUCUUUUUUAAUUUUAUUUUUUAGGAAAACAGUACAAGGCAAAAUUACAAAAUGUAUAUCUUACUUUCCGUGAAAAUAAGAGGUUUUUGUUUUACACAUAAUUUAUUAACAUGACCCUUUUUACAGAGCUUUGCCUCAAUGUUCCAGAAAGGUUAGAGAGAAAAAAAAAAAUAAUAAAAAAAAUUAUAUAUAUAUAUAUAU